AUGUUGACAGCACUGUUUACUCACAGUGGGCCACACGCAAUGGUGCUGCCCGUCUUGCUGUGCGUAGUCACUUGCCGUCCACUGAGCGCGCGCACUAGUCAGUACAAGAGUGCUAAGACCUUGUACGACGCUAUCAUUGCACGCUACUCUUCCCCUGCCACUGCUGCCCUUAGCCGCCUCAUGCUGCCGUACAUGUUCCCUGACCUAGCCGCCUUUCCCACAGUCGCUGACCUCAUUACGCACCUUCGCACUAGUGACACCCGCUACCGCGCUGCGCUUCCUGCUGAGUUCUGCGCCAAGAACCCCCCCCCCCCCCCCAUGUACAUCACCCUCUACUACAUAGUCACCCGGCUCCCUGACUCCCUUCGUCCAGUCAGGGACCACUUCCUCUCUGUUUGCCCCACCACACUCACCGUUGACCUCCUCGAGGAGCGCCUCCAAGCAGCUGAGAAGAGUAUAGUCGUUGUAGGAGCCUCUCGUGGUGACCGUCGUACCCCCUUCUUUGAGGGGUGCUCCCCCUCCCCCCUUUUGCCCUCUGUUGCCUCUGCUGCUGCCGUCGACUUCGUUGGCACCGAGUCGGUCGGCGCUGCGUCUGCCCCUAGCGGGAGACGCCGCACCGGCAAGGGCAAGGGGGGCAAGGGCGCUGGAGGGGCUGGCGGGGGUGGUGGAGGUGGCGGUGGAGGCGGCGGAGGGAGUUGGGGUGGCGGUGGGAGUGGUGGCAGGGGUGGGGGCUUCGGUGGCGGCAGUGGAGGCGGAGGCGGCGGCGUUGGUGGCGGUGGGAGCGGAGGAGGUGGCGGUGGCGGCGGUGGCGGAGGAGGCGGCGGUGGAGGUGGAGCUGGUCGGGGUGGCUCUGCGUCGGGGGUGGCUAUCUUGGAUCUGGAUUAUGAUGCUAUUCUUGCUGCCAUGUAUGUUGUGUUUACUAGUGAUGAGGGUGACUGUUACCUGUGUGUUCCGCCUGACCCGGGCAUUGAGGCUGCUGCUCUAGGUGCUGGUGAGGCUACUGCUCUAGGUGCUAGUGAGUCUGCCGUCCCAGGUGCUGGUGAGUCUGCUCUCUCAGGUUCCACGUCGGCUCAGGCCUUACACACCUUCACCCUUGACUCGGGUGCUUCCCGCUCCUUCUUCCGAGACCGCACCACACUUACGCCGCUUGGGUCUUAG